AUGGACGGAGGUGUUAGCACGCGGGCGAGGAAAACCGGGGCCUCAUUGUCGAGGAGCAGCAUCAGCAAUGGGCGGACGAGGGGCACCACGGACGAGGUGCCUGAAGAGGGAACCGGGGAUCAGCACGAGGAGCGGAACAAAGAGGCGGAGGCCUGGUGGAAGACGCAGCUGGCCAAGUUUGGCUCGAUCGAGCUGGAGAACAAGGGCUCCGUCGCGAGGGAUCACCUGGCCCUAGAACGGACAUUCCUCGCCUGGCUGAGGACGUCCCUGUCCUUUGCCUCUAUAGGGGUCGCCAUCACGCAGCUCUUCCGACUCAACACGUCCCUCGAGGUUGAGCAGGGCACCUCCGACAGCGCAAACGCCCACACGCUCCGACACCUCGGCAAGCCGCUGGGGGGUAUCUUCUUGGGCAUCAGCAUACUAAUGCUGUUCCUGGGCUAUCACAGGUACUUCCAGGCGCAGCAGUGGAUUAUCAAGGGCAAGUUCCCCGCCAGCAGGGGCACGGUGAUCCUGGUGUCUCUGGUCGCGCUAGGUUUGAUGAUUGUAUCUCUGUAA